CAUGUGAAGCGUGUCCACACAACCAAGUCUAACCCACAAAAUAAACAACACCACUUUGAUUCAUUCGUGCGUAGUCCACACUUCUGUUUAGGGUUUUCACCGUUUUUCCCAAACCUUUCCCUACUCCUUGUUUGUCCUCCCCCGAAUUUUCCCAAAUUCAAUCUCCCAUAAGAAUUUCCCCAUGCCUUCCAAACCCAUAUGAGAUCAUCAACACCCAAUACUCUGAAGAUUGAAACUUUCAUACAGGAGGGUCAUGAGUAUGGAAGCUCGUGUUGGGGUUGUAGAAGGAGGACAGAGAGCUCUGAACUCAGCUCUCAAUCAGCAAACCAAGCAGUCCCUAAAUCCCCAGUCUCAGAUUGGCACCGUCAACCAGCUCUUGGCUGGUGGUAUUGCUGGUGCCUUUAGUAAAACCUGUACUGCUCCUCUUGCUCGCCUCACCAUCCUUUUUCAGGUGCAAGGAAUGCAUUCUGAUGUUUCAACAAUGAGUAAAGCGAGCAUAUGGCGUGAGGCUUCACGCAUUGUAAAUGAGGAAGGUUUUAGAGCAUUUUGGAGAGGCAAUCUUGUGACUAUUGCACAUCGUCUCCCAUAUUCUUCAGUCAGCUUCUAUGCUUAUGAACGCUACAAGAAAAUGUUGCUUUCAGUUAUUAGUAAAGAUUUUAGGGGUAAUGCAACUACCAAUAUGUGUGUCCACUUUCUCGGUGGAGGGAUGGCGGGUAUAACAGCUGCCUCAGCUACAUACCCACUGGAUCUUGUGAGGACACGUCUAGCUGCUCAGAGAAAUGCACUAUACUACAGAGGCAUUGGACAUGCAUUUCAUACAAUUUGCCGAGAAGAAGGAUUUUUGGGAUUGUAUAAAGGACUUGGAGCAACUCUAUUGGGUGUUGGACCCAGCAUAGCAAUCAGUUUCUCUGUUUAUGAAGCUUUGAGGUCUUUUUGGCAGUCUGAAAGGCCCAAUGAUUCUACUGUCAUGGUGAGUCUUGCUUGUGGCAGUUUUUCAGGCAUUGCUUCAUCAACAGCAACAUUCCCUCUAGAUCUGGUGAGGCGAAGGAUGCAAUUGGAAGGGGCUGGCGGUCGUGCUCGUGUCUAUAACGCUGGCAUAUUAGGAACUUUUAGGCACAUAAUCCAUAAUGAAGGUCUGUGGGGCUUGUAUAGAGGAAUUCUGCCAGAAUAUUACAAGGUUGUUCCCAGCGUAGGCAUUGUCUUCAUGACUUAUGAGACAUUGAAAAUACUUCUGUCACGCAUCCACACGAGUGACUAGUUGCAUGUACACUUCUUUGGUUAUCCACCAUCUGUUGUGCCAUGGAAUCUCGUUGAUUUAAGUUUUCUCACUUUCUGGUAGUUGGUUGAAGACAGAAGAUAGAUAGAAGACCAAGUCUUUUGGUAGUUGAGAUAUACGAUGGUGGUAAAUUUUGCUGUUGCUGCCAUAAAACAAUAUGUGCCCUUGUAUAGGUAGUUAGCUGCUUAGGUGGUUUCCUGUUUUCCCUUUUUAAAAAACUAGUUAGCAGCCUUUAUAAGUAUUCAUAGGUGAGAGCACUCAUAACAGUUUUGUUGUUGCAGGUUCUUAAUCUUCUAGUUAUUACCUCUAAUUUAUAUCGUUGUGUAGACAGCUAGACAUCAACAUAUUGUUUGAGGAAUGUCAUUUUAUAGUUAUGGAAUUUGAUUAGUAUCACAUUGAUGCUAUAUUGGAAGAGCUAUGUUGAAAAACAGAGGUUUAUAUAUUUAUACCUGGAAUUUCAAGGGUUUACCUCUUCUCAUC